CUUUGUUUUCAGUAUUUUCAGUAGUCACUGACAGCCAAAUAACUCAAGCAUCACGGCAAACAGCUAAGAGGAAAACCAAAACAUUCACCGUGGCUGUGGUUGUCUGGUUGGCGUUUAUUUAUUAUAAUCAAGAUAUUACAUAGUGAAAACCCUCGUCGAAGUUUGGAAGGAAAUUUUAAUUUUCAACAAUGACGCUGUAGAAUUGCUGAUCACACGGAGAGGAACAACAGACGAAAAAAAUGGUCAAACCUACCCCAAUGGAGGAGAAGCUGAAGUAUUCGCUGCUGCGUGAUUUGAAUGAUAGCCAAAGUAUAUGGAACAGGAGCGAAAAACGCACUUGGUUCCUGACUCUACUGGCUGGAACAUGCAUGCUUUACUCAACACGUACGACAAUGCCCCUUCUCGUUCCGGCAGUGGCAUCGGAGCGUAAGUGGAGCAAAACAGACUCUGGGACCGUGUUGAGCUCCUUCUUUUGGGGCUACACGCUCACACAGGUUCUCGGAGGGUAUCUUAGUGAUAAGUUUGGCGGUCAGAAGGUUAUCCUGUUGGCUGCGAUCGGCUGGUCGCUGAUCACUUUUUGGAUGCCAAAUAUAAUCACAUCAGCGUCUUAUCUAUCCAGCUAUUCAAUUCCGUUCAUCGUCGCGGUGCGGAUUGUCAAUGGGGCCUGCCAGGGGGUACACUUCCCAAGCAUGAUCAGCAUCACUAGUCAGAAUCUGAGUGCGAGCGAACGCACAAGCUUUUUUAGCAUUCUCACGUCCGGGUCGGCACUCGGUACCUUACUCACCGGUAUCCUAGGAUCCUUCAUCCUGGACUAUUUCGGAUGGCCAACCGUUUUUCGAGUGAUCGGAUUUCUUGGAUUGUCGUGGACCUUGCUACUACGUUACUAUACCAUGUCUUCCGAUCGCAAUCGGAUUAUCAAUAUUUCACAACCAAGCAGAAUCUGUUCGAAGCUUGGCUCAUCGGAAGCCGUACCCUGGCUUAGGCUGUUCGGAAGAGCUUCUUUCUGGGCAUGUGUCCUAGCGCAUGCUUGCGAGAUGAAUUGUUUCUUCGUUCUUCUGUCGUGGUUGCCCACGUAUUUCCACGAAAAUUUCCCUCAUGCAAAGGGCUGGGUGGUGAAUAUGAUUCCCUGGCUGGCGCUACCGCCGGUAACCUUCCUCGGCAAGAUGCUGACGGAGAAGCUUACCGCAAAACAGUGGUCUCUUACGCGAAUAAGAAAAUUCGUGCAAAGCAUUUGUUUCCUUGGGCAGAACAUAGCUUUAUUCACGAUGUGUCACUCGGGGGAAUUUAACACUGCCCUCACCUGCAUGUCAAUCAUUAUAGGUCUCUCUGGAUUCCACAACAACGCCGUCACGGUGAACCCCCAGGACCUGGCACCGAGUCACUCGGGCAGCGUGUUCGGGUUGAUGAACACCGUUGGCGCUAUUCCCGGGUUUUUGGGAGUUUACCUGGCAGGUCACAUACUGGAGCUCACCCAGAGCUGGUCGGCGGUGUUCAGUACGGCCGCGGCCAUCAACACCUUUGGCUGGAUUGUGUUUACAAUCUUCGGUGCAACCGAGGCAAUCGUUUGAGGAGCCGGAAACAAAGCGUGUGCAUUGUGGACUCAUUAAAAGUUUCCGUCAAAGCAGGCAAAAUUCAAACUUAGCGAAUUUUUGAUUUUACUAAGAAUUGAUUGUAAUCUGUGACUCAUCCCUAGCUGGUGAAAAUGUACCAAACUGUCGUCGUCGAGAGGCGAAGCAAAGCGAAAUGUUUAUGAAACCACUAAUCUGUGGUUGAAGACUUUUUUCCAUCCAAAAUAAAGCGGACGUAAAGCUGAAA